UGACAGCUUCAAUCAGAGAAAACUAACACGAGGAUUGACCGCGUCCAGCUCAUGAUGACCAGUCCAGAAACAACACACGACCGGCCAAAGGAGAAGCCUGGAAACAAACACAGAUCAUUUCAUUAAACACACAUCUGUGAUGAGGAACAUCACUGGAGAGCUCAUGGAAACUUUUGCUUAUUUAUAUUUCUCCUGAGAAAAAGAGUCAAUGUGUCUGUCAUGAGAGUUUGAGAAGAGACGUCAACAAUGUGUCAGACUGAGCUCAGAUUUGUCUCGUCUGCAAUCAAAAGUCAAUAUUAUUAAAGAUCUCAAUAUCAACUCAAACAUUUCUCAUCAUGUUUACUCAAAUCCAGAUGUGUAAAAAUUAUAAAUCCAGAGUAAACUAUAAGUAAGAUGUUAAGUUCACUUAAAGAACAAGUAAAAAGGCUAAGAACUGCUAAGUUAGUUUCUACUGAGAAUAUACUUCAAAAUGAACUUUCAUCUACUAAAUAAUGUGUGUCAAGUAUUGAACUGAAUCAGUACACUUCUGAAGUCGUACGCAACACUGCUCGGUAAGAACUACUUAUUUCCUUUUUUUUGAUACUACACAAAUGUGUGAGUAAAUUAAUCAAAAUAUACAAUAAAAAAACAGAAGUGCUGCAUGACCAGUGAUUACAUUUUGUGAAGAAGUAUCAGUUCACUUGAUCAGGUGUAAAUGGAAUUUUUUUUAUACUCAUAAUUACUACCGCUAAACUUAAAACUAACAUGUUGUUGCACGUAACACACUAAAAAGUGUACUACUAGAACAUUAAAAUGAGUUUACUUGCUACAAAGGUUGUCGAACGCGUCAUCACGAUGAAUCUCAUCCAGAAUAAAAGUUUGUGUUUACAUGAAAUACUUCUGUGCACUGCACAUGUUCAUUUUGAAUUGGUAAAAUGAUAUAAGCACAUUUAUGUAUUUAAGAAAAAAUGUAAAUACUAAAUUUAAUAGACAAGUUUAUACAUAAUUAUUAUUGUUGGUAAAUAACCAACAUUAUUGAUGAAUAUAAAUAUCUCCUCUACACUCUUAAAAAAGGUACUUUGAUGCCACAGAAGACACAAAAAAAGUGAUUUAAAGAACCUUUGACUGAAUGAUUCUUUGUGGAACCACUAAUUCAUCGCUGUGAAGAAAGCACCUUUAUUUUUAAGAGUGUAUGUACAUGUGUGUGUUUAUAAACAUAAAAUAAUCAGCACAUUACAUGGACAUAUAUGAUGUGAAAACAAACCUUUAUUCUGGAUGGGAUCUAUCGUUUGACAGACCUUCUUGCUACAUAAAUCAUGCUUUUAAAUGCUCUUGAAGUAUACUUAAGUAAACCUAAUAAAGUACACAACAAAGAGAAUGGACGGUGAGCCGAUGGGUGACUUGUGAUCCUGUCUGAUGAGGAUUUGUCACGUCUUCAAGGUUAACAGUUGAUGUCUCGCUCUCUGUGUGUCUGCUGGACUUGUGUGAGAUGAGUAUCACAGCUCAGCAUUACAGUAAGUCUUCAUCUAUCCCUUUAGCGUGUCUGAUUACACAACGUGAAGGACGAUGGGUUUAGAUCAGGUCUGAUACAGGAAUAGAGCUGGAGGUGGAGUUCUGAAGGACUGCGUGGGAUUAUGGGUAAUCCCUGAAGAGUAAAGUCAACCGUGUGUGGAGGACAACAGAGAGGACGCUCAGAGACCAGACCAGACCAGACCAGACGAGUGGAGUAUAGGUGUCGUCUGAAGAGGAUGAAUUUUGCAGCUCAGUUUUACUACGCUAACUUCGUGAAUGAUGGCACGUCGCCUCAGGAGACGCGGAGAACUUUCAAUGACAGCGAGGAAUACGAUCCCUUCUGGCAGAGGUGGGAUAACCCCGAAUCUCCACUGUGUAGAGCGUCUCAGAUACCUUCUACUUCCCAGAAUCCUCUGGGGUCUGAGACAGUUGUGGAAUUUAAAACUGUAGUUUCAGAUAGAGAUCAUGUAGCGUUUCCUCGGUUUUCCCCGUCCCAUCCCGAGUCCCUCAGGCUUGCACCUAAAACCCUUGAGACAUUCAAAUCUGAUGUGAUCGACCAUCCGUACACAUCUUCAUCAUCUUCAUCUUCAUCAGAAUGCACAAAGAGCCCUCGAGUGUCUACAGCUCCAGCACCUCUAAAGACGCCUCCUCAUCAUCAAAGUGGAGCUUUAAAGACGGAGGAGACUCCUUCAGUGUCCAGUUCUCCUGUAGAUACCACAGAAAACUCCUCAUCUGUAGAUUCUUCUCUUCCAUCACGUCCAGAAAACAACCCGCUCCUGCUUCUCCUCCAGACUUCAGUCUACAUCCUCCUCAAACUCUUCCUCUCCUUCCUCCUCCUCUUUCUGCCACGUUCAGAACAGCGCCGAGGUUCCACCAGACCUGACUGCUCCUUUCACAGCGGCCCAUGUCUGAAAGAUGCACACAUCAGCAACGGCCAGACGGGCCGACGCUCAACCCUCAUCUGCCCAGAACGCCUCAAAGAUUUUGGAGCUGAGGAAUAUCUCAACGGCGAUGUGAAGGUCUUUGAGACUAGUGUUACAGAACCACCAGAGAUCCUGUUAAUGUCCACACCAAAACCCACUGCCAAGAGAGGCGCUGAGAUCAAGACCACAUCUAAACCUGCGAGCGAGCAUCUCCGCUUUGAAGACAUCAGUGCGGCUGUAUUAAAACUCCAGAAGUCUGGGAUUCAGAAAACUCCCUGUUCUUAUUCCAGACUAUCCAAACAGUACGGGAUGGAAAUUUACCUGAAGAAAGAACAUCUUCAUUACACGGGUUCUGUGAAGGAGAGAGGAGUCCUGUGCCUGCUGUCUUCACUACAACAGGAACAGCAGAGGAAAGGUGUGAUCGCGGCCACAGACUGUAAUUUCUCAAUGGCAGUAGCUCAUCAUGCUGUGGAGAUGAGAAUCCCGGUGUUUGUCAUCAUGCCGGCACACAGCUCACCAUCACGCCUUCGUAUGUACAGAGACUACGGCGCCAUGGUCAUCUCGUACGGCAGCACUCCUCAAGAUUCUGUGAAUCACGCUCGCCACCUCGCCAGAGAGAACGGAUACCUGUGUCUGGAGGAGGACGACAGCGCCGUGUAUCUGGCAGGUCUGGGAACAGUUGGUUUGGAGAUCUAUGAGCAGGUGUCCAAACUGGACGCUGUCAUCAUUCCUGCGGGCGGUCACUGCGGUCUUCUGGCUGCAACUGCUGCGGCCAUCAAACACCUGAACCCUCGCAUCUCUGUCAUAGGUGCUGAACCGGAGGAGUUUCCUCUUCUGCUGCAGUCACUCAAAACAGACUCGCCCAUCAAAGAUCUCUACUGUAACCCCAAUAAAAAACUUUACAGAGAUCUGGUGGAAAACUCUUUGGGGACGCACACCUUCCAACUGGCCAAGAAAAUGGUGGAUAAAGUGAUUUCUGUGAGGGAGGCAGACGCUCUGGUGGCGAUGUUGAGACUUCAGGAGUAUGAACACUCAACAGUGGACACAGAGGGUGCUAUGGGUUUAGCGGCUAUCUUAGGUGGUCAGCUGCCUGAACUUAAAGGCAAAAGGGUGGCUAUCAUAGUGAGCAGUUCUAACAUGGAUCUGGACCUGGUUCUGCAGUGUGUGGAACGUGCUCUGGUUCUAGACGAGAGAGUCAGUCACUUCACCGUCCAGCUGGGCGAUUUGCCCGGAGACAUGGCCAAACUACUGGACCUACUGGCUCGAGAGGACGUCCGGCUGUUGGAUGUUUGUCACAAGCGUUACAGCGAUAAAUCUGAUCUCUUCAAAGCUCAGGUCGAGUGUGUCGUUGAGACUUGUGAUAAAACUCAGAACUGUAAACUGAGACGAACGCUGUCAGACCGAUACCCGACACUGCGCUGGCUGUAG